AGCAUUGUGCCCCCAUGUGAAUCCUUUUUUCCUCAUUCAAUAUUGUUUUUGGGUUGCGAAGCCAAUUCCAGUUUGGGAACGAACGUUUCAGCCCAAAAGGAUUGAGCUUUUUGAGAGAACACUGCGAUUCCAUGUGUUUCCAGUGAUGAAGAGAGAAAUCUAGUUUUCUUUUCGAUUCCGGGAAAGUUGUGCGGAAGAAAAUAAAGGGGACUUGGUUUGGCUUCUUCCAUUGUUAAUGAUUUGGUGGCAGUAUGAAGUCAAUGGAUGGGAGAAUAAUGAAGCUGGUUCAAUACAUUGGCUUUCAUUCUGAUGUGUCAAAUGUAAAGGGGGCCAGUUUAGUUGCUUCUUUCUGAUGUAAAAAAAAAAAAAACUCUUGAUAUUAGUAAACAUCAUUCAGGUGAAGAUGUUGAUUCAGAGUUCGCAUUCUGGUUCAAUUGAAGCUGCUCUUUCUUUCGUAUCUGACCAUGGGAAAGAAAACUGGGUGCCUGGUGCUGAAACUUGGCUGAAGUAUCCUAAUAGUGAUCCUCAAGAUGGUUGUGAAGAAGUUGUUCCGGCUAUGGAGGGGAAAAGGAAUAUUGAUGGUUCCUGCUCAUUAAAUUUUGCAAGUAGUUGUUCCCAGCUAUCAACUGUCAGUACUAUAUCUGAGAGUUCUACACCUGCUUUUGUAUACCGGCGAAGGAAGCUCAGAAGGAAUUCUGUUGGUAUUUUUCCACCUGAGGCAUCAGCAAAGCUGAGUGAUAGUUGUCUUUCCAUCAGUUCCGAAGCCCCUUCGGUGGCAGCAAAGGAGGGACUCAUAGUUUCUGUUGUUGAUCUUGAAAGUGAAGCUGUUAGAGCCCCUGUAAUGCCUCCUGCUGAAUGCAAUAGAAAGGCCCUCGUUUUGAAUUCAGAAUCCAUUAAUGGCAGUUUAGUUGGGGAAGAGCCUGGUUCCAAAGAAGCCCCUAAAAAUGAUAUCCACAGAGCUUUAGAUUUCUGCUGUGUAAAUGAUUGUUCUUCGUCAUCAAAGUCAAAUGUGGAACUUGGUUCAGUGACCUUGAGGACUGAAGUGGAUGACACUGGAGAGUGCUCCUCUUCUAGUGCAUUGGGUGUGGAGGGUUUUCAGGAUGAUCUAUCAGAAAAAGAUAUAUGCUUCUCUAUUCUUAAAAGCCAUGGACUUCUUGAUCGAGUUUGGCCUAUUAGGAUUUGCACUUCUGAUGAAGUCCCUGGUAGAAGUACUGAUAGCAGCUAUAUGCGGUUAUGCAAAGUUUGUGAUCAGUCAGAGAUUACACUGAAAAUGCUAAUUUGUGAUCAAUGUGAAGAGGCAUUUCAUGUCUCUUGCUGCAACCCCCUCAUCAAGAAGAUACCAGUUGAUGAAUGGUUCUGUCACUCUUGUUUGAAAAAGAAGCAUAAAAUUUUGAAGGAAACAACUGCCAGUAAAGCAUUGAAUAUCAGCAGUGAAAGGAGCAAUUGUAGAAAUGCAAAAUUUAAGGGUGAAUUAAGUCCUAUUGCAUCCAUGUUGAAAGAAUCGGAGCCAUAUACAACCCGUGUUCGAAUUGGUCAUGAUUUUCAAGCAGAAGUUCCUGACUGGUCUGGUCCAUCUGUCGAUGACAUUGAUACUGUUGCUGAACCAUCGGAAAUCGAUCCUUCAGAGUGUAUUAGCUUGCAUGGUUGGAAUUCCUGCAAGCCUUCUAGACUCAGCUCUAUUGGUAAUUGGCUUCAAUGCCAAGAAGUUAUAGAAGGAAUAGGAGAAGGUGUUGAUGGAAACAUUUGUGGAAAGUGGCGCAGGGCACCUCUUUUUGAAGUUCAAACUGAUAACUGGGAGUGUUUCCGCGCUGUCCUUUGGGAUCCAGCUCAUGCUGAUUGUGCUGUACCCCAGGUGCUUUAUUUUUUCUUUUUCUUUUUUUGAUUUAUUUUUCUUUUG